ACCUGAGUGGGGGAAAUCCUGCGGUAGCCAUAUUUGUUGAGGGAAUGGGACCCGAGGGAAACUGCCAACUUUUACUCUCUUCGCCCGCUGCUUGCUACCCGAAGGGAGCCUUGAGUUAUGGCGUCUUCUGUGCCAACGCCGCACGCGACUGGCUUUCCAGCGGAAGGUCGAUGCGGUUAUUACGUGGAAAAGAAGAAGCGGUUCUGCAGGAUGGUGGUGGCAACAGGGAAAAGGUUCUGUGGCGAACACGCUGGAGCCGCGGAGGAGGAAAAUUCUCGGAAAAGAAUCCUGUGUCCUUUAGAUCCAAAACACACAGUAUAUGAAGACCAACUAGCAAGGCAUUUGAAGAAAUGUAACUCAAGAGAGAAGCCAAAACCCGACUUCUUCAUUCAAGACAUUAAUGCAGGCUUAAAAGAUGAAACAGAAAUACAUGAAAAAUUGGUUCCAAUUUCUUCCCUCUCUGAAGAGCAGUUGGAAAACUUAAUUAAGAAAUUGAGAAGAGCAAGUGAAAGUUUGAACUCUACACUUAAAGAUCAAAUUAUGUCCCAUCCAGCACUGCAUGAUGCCCUUAAUGACCCUAAAAAUGGUGAUUCUGCAACCAAACACCUGAAACAGCAGGCUUCUAUUUUAGGUAACAUUGAAAAAUUAAAGUUACUUGGUCCAAGAAGAUGCUUUGUUGAGUUUGGAGCAGGAAAGGGAAAAUUAUCUCACUGGGUUGAUAUUGCCUUAAAAGAUGCUGAAAAAGUUCAUUUCAUCCUGGUAGAAAAGGUGACCACAAGAUUCAAGGUAGAUGGCAAACACAGAAAGAAAAAUUCAGUGUUUGAAAGACUUCAAAUUGAUAUUCAACACUUGUGUCUGAGUAAGAUUCCUGUUCUAAGCAAAGAAAAACUGCCUGUAGUAGGAAUUGGAAAGCACCUGUGUGGUGUGGCAACAGAUCUUGCAUUACGAUGUUUGGUUGAAACCUAUGCUGCCAGUUGUGAGGAAAGAAAUGAAGAACCUUUAGCCAAACGCAUAAAGAAUGAUAAAACAGAAAAAGAAAUUAACACUUUGGCCAAGGAAGGAAAUGAAAAAAAUGUGCCAGAGAAGUGGACCCCUGUGGCUGGCAUUGUUAUUGCGCUCUGUUGUCACCACAGGUGUGAUUGGAGACAUUAUGUGGGCAAAGAAUAUUUCAAGGCUCUAGGCCUUGGAGCGGUGGAAUUCCACUAUUUCCAGCGAAUGAGUAGCUGGGCGACUUGUGGGAUGCGGAAGACAUCUUUGGAAGCCUCAAAUAUUACCACAGUGAGAAAAGACCAGAAGAAUGAUGACAGUGAAGAGCAUGAUGAUGGGGGAUACAGCAGAAUCACAGAUGACAGUGCUGAGAAUUUGCCUGGGUUUCUUACUGUUGAAGAAAAGAAGAAAAUAGGGCAACUUUGUAAAUUACUGAUCGACCAAGGCCGAUUCGAGUACUUGCAACAGAAGGGAUUCAGUCCUGCACUCCAGUACUAUACAGACCCUCUGGUGUCUUUGGAAAAUGUGUUGUUAACUGCUUUACCAAAUCAUUCUUCAUCACCAGAAACAACUACUUAAUGGAAAGAAAUUUUGAACAUCUGUCUUCGACCAAAACAAAGAUGCAAAACAUUUUAAAUUGUAUUUUUAUAUUCAUGGAAAUAUAAUUAGCAGAUAAUAUGAACUUUUAAAAAUGUGGCCUCAAUGAACCUUAACAAUAGCUUUGUGUUUUACUUCACAAGUCCAAACAGAGAAUUCACCAAAUUCCAAGUAAUCCUCUUCUCAUGUCUGUUCAGCAGGACAUCUUGAAGUAUAUUAUCCAUCAGUACUUACAGAGGUUGGUGAUGUAGACGAACAACUUACUUGGUUAUCUGAAACAUACAUCAUAUGUCAACACAUAACUAGUACAUCUAUUUUUGAUUUCCAUUAAUUUUUGAAAUAUUUUGCUUUGGUUUUACUUAAUGCUUCUGCAGUUCAAGAUGUAAUGAUCAGUUGUCAGUUUGUAACAAGGGUGAAUCUGAGAAUUUCCGCAUGUAGGGAUUUUUUUUUUUCAUGCAGAUAUGGAAAAUAUAAUCAAUUGUGAUAUUUUUCCAGUGCAAAGGAAUUCAAAGGUGUUCACAAUCAAUGAAAUUCCCUUUCAGAUUUUCAGAGUAUUGCUUGUAUUUAAUUAUUACUAGAUUGGCCUAAGGUAAAUACCAAAAUUGAAGAGAUUAUUUUCAAGGAAAGAAAAUAUGGUUUCAAGUUGAUUUUUUUUCUGUUGGAUAGUAACCUAGAGCGCUAACUAGAAUUUCCAAAAAGAUACUUAGAAGACUUAUUCACAAAUUAAAUAGAAAUUUACAAAUUACUUUUGAAGGUGAUUAGGUAUCUCAUUUUCUUUUAGCAGACCAUAUCUACAUUUAUAAAUACAAUAUACACUGAUUCUUCCCUGUGUGUGGAAAUAAGUUAAAACAGAAAUUAGGUAAUAAAACCAAAAACUUUAUCACAUUCAGGCCUCAUUUAACUUGUAACCAGUUUCUAUGCACAAACAAAUAUUAUAAACCAAACAUAUGGCAGGACUGUUAUUCUUUUCCACAUCUGAUCCAUUAUUUCUCUUUAUUUUUGAAAACUUAACUUACUUAACAUUUGGUACAUUUGUCAAGAUAAAGAUUCAGAAUUAAUAUAGAUACUAAGUUAAUAUUUUUAGCUAGCUUUUAUCUUGUCGGCCUAUGAUUACAUGAAUAGUAAAUUAAAAGCCUAGGCUAUUUGUAAUUCCUAACCUUCCUACUUUAGGUUAAGCUCACAUUUUCUGACACUACCUAGGUUCAAAUUCAGACUAUCACUUCUCAGCUGUAUAAUCAUAGGCAAAUUAUUUAAUCUUCAUGUGCCUCAAUAUCUUCUUCAAAUGGGGAUUAUGAUAAUGAUACCUACCUCACGAGGUUGUUGUAAACAUCAAGUGUAAGACCUAUAAAAUGCUAACAAUUCAGAACUCAGAGUACUCAAUAAAUACUCAACUUAUUAAGAGUCCUAAUUCUUGAAUCUUUAUUUUUCCUUUGUUCUUCAGUUUUUUAAGUCAUGUAGGCAUACUCGAUUUUAUUAUCUCUUUAAGUUGUAACUUUUUCUUUUGUUGUAAGUUUGUCAGAUAUUAUUAAAGUAAGGUGUUCGGAUUGUUUUUUAAGUAGUGACUCAUGUGACCCCAUCAAGUAAAUGAAGAUAACACAUUCAUCAAUUAGCCUGAUUUACUAGGUCAGGCAAUGUCACUUUGCAUGAUACAAUC